GUUGACAGAUGUUGAACACCUAUCCAAAAUUUUAUUUUUUUGGCUUCUCUAUUCUUCAAAGUUCUAAAAAGGAUGCUUGAGUCCAGAAGUGGAACAUGAGCCUCUGCAUUUGAAGUUGCCUGGGUUUCCUGGCUCUGGUGGCUGGUCUGGUGACAUCAUGGUGCUCCCAUUCCCUGUCCCCAGUACAAAACUCUCUGCUUUCUUCUGCUAGCUUCCAUUGUGGCCUCAGCGUUACACCCUGAGCUCUGCUGUAUCUGUUUUCUACUGCCCUGACUUAAAGCAGAGUACCUCUGUGGCCUAUCUUUCCCCUUUGGCCCCAAGAUGACAAUAAUAGCUGCAAUCAGUUGUGUUUUCUUAUUUUCCAUUCUCUGUGAAACAAGUGCAUUAGUGUUACCCAACUCCACUGACCUACUCCUGUCAAACAAUAAUUUCACUGACAUUGAGACGGCUUUGGCAGCUCAUCUGGACUCAGCAAAAAUUCCCAAAGCCAGGCGGAAGCGCUACAUUUCACAGAAUGACAUGAUUGCCAUUCUUGAUUAUCAUAAUCAAGUCAGAGGCAAAGUCUUCCCACCUGCUUCCAACAUGGAAUAUAUGGUUUGGGAUGAAACUCUUGCCAAAUCUGCAGAGGCUUGGGCUGCUACAUGCAUUUGGGACCAUGGACCUUCCUACUUACUGAGAUUCUUGGGCCAGAACCUGUCUGUGAGAACUGGAAGGUAUCGAUCUAUUCUCCAGUUGGUAAAGCCAUGGUAUGAUGAAGUGAAGGAUUAUGCUUUUCCUUAUCCUCAGGACUGCAACCCCAGGUGCCCCAUGCGAUGCUAUGGACCCAUGUGCACCCAUUACACACAGAUGGUUUGGGCCACUUCCAAUCGUAUAGGCUGCGCAAUCCACACAUGCCAAAAUAUGAACGUCUGGGGAUCUGUUUGGCGACGAGCUGUUUACUUGGUAUGCAACUAUGCCCCAAAGGGGAAUUGGAUUGGAGAGGCACCAUAUAAAGUAGGAGUCCCAUGCUCUGCUUGCCCUCCAAGCUACGGAGGUUCUUGUACCGACAAUCUUUGUUUUCCAGGAGUAACAUCAAACUACUUAUAUUGGUUUAAAUAAGUUAACGUUUACAUUAUUUUUAAAAAACUUGGAUGAGUAACAAGAAGCUUGUAUAUUGAAUUUUGCACAUAUUUUAUAUAGAGAGAUAUUGUAAUAAUACUCUGAUGUUUCCUUUUUGUAUGCUUUUGUAUAAUUAGCUUCCAAAGUAUAGUGUAAUUAGUUGUUAACUCUUUGGGAUUUAUGACUCACAGUAGCCCUUUUUAGAUUAACAUUCUGUAAAGGAGAGCAAACUCAUUUUCAUUUUAGCAAGAGUAGCUUCCUGAAAAUAAGGUUCUAUUAAAAGCACAUUAAAAGGUACUGUCAACUUAUACCUAAAACAUGCUGUCCUUUUAAAAAUAAUAGGUUUUGAAAGAGAAGGAUCAUUGUUUAAUACUGUGCUUUAAAAAUGGAGUGUCAAGCAAUAAUUCUUCCUCACGCUGCCAAUGGUUCCUCCCAUUUAUACCUGUGCUUUCAUCUGCAAUGUCAGUGGGACUGUGCAGAGGAAAACAUAUCUGCAAGAGAAACUGCAAGAUAUUACCUACCUCAUGCACAACAUUAAUUCAUUUAUGGUGUUUCAAGAAUUCAGCACAUGGCUGCUGCUAUCAUCAACAAUGCCUGUGUGCAGACAGAAAAAUUAGACAGAAUAAGAAACCAUAUGGGCCAAGAUGCAGUGGUUGUCAAUCAUGUGCAUAAAACCUGAUGUUGAUAGAAAGCUACAUCACUUUGUAUGUAUAUCUGGUAUAAUCAACACAGCCAGACUCUGUAUUACUGUGUUUCUGAACACAGUCAUUGAGGUAUAAAUAUGCUUUGUCACAGUAUAUUUUUACUGUUCUGGAAGUACAGAAAUAUAUUGUUACAAAGCAGUGCAUAUCAGUACAUGAUAUACAUACUGCAUCUUUCAAACUAUUAUCUUACCAGUAUAUGUGCUGUUCCCCUGACUGAAUUUCAUCCACUUUACAUUUUCAAGAACAGGUUGGACCUAAAAGUGGGUAAGAGGAUUUCCAAGUAAAAUAUUAAAAAUUCAUCAGGCAACUUUAAAAAUUUAUUUCUUCAUACAGAUAAGCAGUGAAGAUUCCAAAUUUCUAAAGCAAUCGACAGUGUACUUUAAAAUAUAUGUGACUAUUUCCUGAAAGUAUCUGAAUUAUUAAAAGACAAAUUAUUUAUACCUUUUCUAUCAAAAUCUGAACUGAAUGCAUAGUAUGUACUCACAGAGAGAGUACAUUUCAAGAUAGAAUGUUGCACAAUUAGUUUUCUUCAAAAACAGAUUAUAAAAAGAAAGAAAUCCAGUGUCUACCACAACUAUUACACUACUGAAAUAGAGUUUUUUCUUUUUAUGAGAAUCAUUUUGAGGGUGUUUGUAUGAGACAGUCUGUCAUGCAAUGAAGUACCAUGGUGGUGCUAUAUAAAAAGUUGGAAUUGUUCACAUUAGCUAUUCUUUUUCUGCAUCAAGACGUGUGGAGGGACUGAACUGUACAGCUUGCUAAAUAUAACAGCCCCUCUUCAUUUGUCUGUAGUCUGAUUCCUCAGAGAAUAUCAGCAACUGUUCUGUGACUGCUCAGAUAUUCUAGUUAAUGAUGCUUCUCCAUGUGACCAGAAAAUAACUAGAGAAGUACACUGUCUUAAAAAGGUAUCCAUGUUUUGAAGGAACAACACACAAUUUCAAUAUAUAUGGUUUUCCUUCUGGUUUCAAGGGAUCCUGGGUUCAGAAGUGUGAGAUCAGUAAAAUACUUUGAGUAGAAUUCUGUUUUGGGAGUGAAAUAUAACCAUGUACACAUGUACUUAUGUAUACUUGCGUACACACAGAAAUUACCUUAUGAGACAAAACUACUAGGUGGGUCACCAGCCCUCAACUAGCACAGUAUUUGACAAAGAUGCAUGAGACAGAUACAUUUUUUUUUUCCACAUAAGAAUUCUUCUCAAGGAGUAAAGACAGCACAGCUAAAACAGUGCACUUUGACAUUUUCAUGUGAAAAUACAAGACAGGAAGCAGAGCAUAAGCAAAAGUUCACGUUACACCAUAGAACGUAUAUCAGAAAGUCUAUUGAUAAAUAACUAUGCACUUUGGAGCUUGCAGCUUGUGUGUUAUAUGGUACACUUUCCAAACAGGACUAGACAUUGUAAAUUAAUUUAUAAUUCUGUAAUUCAGCUGAAAUUAUUAUAACGGGUAUAUAUGUUAUUGUAUCUGUUACUUUUUAAGUUGCUACAAAUACCUUAAUUUUGUGAAAUAUUUUGUUUUCUGUGGAUAUAGAAAACUUUGCUUUUAACAAACAGGUAUGCAGGUUUUCCACAACAUCCCAUAAUGGUGCUAGGAUUUAACUACUCACACUGUAAUAGAUAGCAGCAAAAAGUGACCUGGGUAUAAGCUAUUUCAUGUGAGCAGCUCCUGAUAAAACCAGCCACAAGCACUCAAGCAUUAGCUGAAUAUUUUCAUUGAAUGGAGAUGACUGCAGUGAAUCAGGCGUUUGAUUAUAAUGCAAAAUUUGUCCUUCCAUUUUAUUUCAUAAGUAGUUUACGGAAAGCAUUUCUGUAUUGCCUCGCUGAACCUCCCUGAUUUCUAUCAUACCUUUGUCUUGGGUUGGAUAAUGAUAGUGUCAGGAAAGAUCUACUUUGAUUGCCAGCAUCAGGGCUGCCUGAUUGAUUACCUGGCAAAAAGUGGUGCCGCAAAAAAAAGUACUGAAAUGUGCUAAGAGUUCAGAUGUCUUCAGCAGUGCAUCUGCUAUGAUAUGAAUUGAGGAAAGCUCGUGAUGAGUUCAAGGUUACACUGAGGCAAACUAACCCCAUUUUCUAUUCUCACAGCCUUAAAUAUUUGUACUUCUUCCAAGCAGAGUAGUGUGCCUUUAAAAACAGUCUGGCUGUUGAAGAAAUUAGCUCAGACUUUUGUUCUGUUCUAAAUACAAAAUUAUGAAAGUAUACACAAUCUAGAAUAAAGUCAAAAUAUUUGUUCUCAAAACACUCUGAGAGGUAGAAGAGUAAAAAUGGGGUAGUUGAUAUCAUGAACUACUGAGUGCAGCUUUUUAUAUGAUGAUAUUCCUUGUGAUAUUUUUUGCCUCAUUUAAACAUCUGAGGUCAUGGUAGCAAUUGAUUCCUUUUGGUGCUAACCUAUAUAUUCUGGUGCUGAAGUAAUACAUUAUUUUUGUGGAAGAGUAGGUUUACUUCUAAUAUUACCAUAUACACUCCAGUGUUUUUGAGAUUUUUUCCCACUAAGCAUAUAAUUAACCACUGGGGUGGAUUUGCUUUCAAAGUUCCUUUCUGUGGUUGUGUCAGGUUCUAAUGAGGAUUUUAUAAGCAUCAGAGAGGGAAAUGUAUUCCUGUUCAAAACCAAAACAAACAGCAUCCUCUUCUCAUCACAAUGAGGUGCCUGAGGGAAAAAAUAUGGAGAGAGUAAGACCUCUGACAGCCAUGAUUUCAGAAUGAUGCUGAGCGGAUUUGAAUGAUCCCAGCUCCUCUCUCUGGGGUAAUUAAUGACUUCAGAAAAUUCAGGCUUGACCUUGCACACUUAGUCUUGAGAAGCUGUGUGUUCCUCUUCUCUGAGAUUAGUUUGUUCCCCUCUGAAUUCGAGAUGAGCUGGAUCAGGACUCAGUGAAGACCACAGGAGGCUUGAUAUAACUUUUGUAAGAGUGAGAAAAUCCGAUUCCAUCUGCAAAUAGCAAAAUGAGACUUCAAGAGCUAUCCCUUACCAACACUGAGAAAAACCACAGCAAUCUGAAAAAGGAAAUUUCCAGAGAGAAAAAGUGGUCUACACCACAACUAGGAUCUAAUGGAAAUCAUAAAUAUGUCUAUAUUGAUAUAUGUAGAUAGAAGUAUAGAUAGGUAAAUAUAUAUACUUAUAUAUUACCUUAAAGGAUCCAGUUACAAGCAUGGAUGCCCUCUUGUGGUUUAGAAUGCUAAUAUAUAUUUUUGUUUGAUUUUGUCUGACUCCAAAAAGGGUUAGGUUCUUUUGAAAACAAGCAUACACAUUUUGUUUGAUUGUUGGUGUUUUUUUUUAAGUUUAUGACCUUGAUUUUAAAAAUGUGUGAUUUUGUCCAUUUGCUUUGAAAAAAGAGGUUCAUCACAUAAAUCCUCUAGUUCUUAGCUUUAUGUAAUUUGUAAAUACAGUAGUGAAUCAAAAUUGCAUUGGCUGUUGCUUACCUACCAUACAAUGUUCUAAGAGUAUGAGGUAAGAUAGAACUAUUCAGAUGUCUGAUGAAUUUUUAGCUGCAGUACUUCAGACACAGUUCAGAAAAUGUAGAGGGUGAGAAGCAGCCUUACUCAGAUACUAAAUUCUAGUGAUCCUUAAUAAAAGUUACAAAUUACAGUUGAAAUUUGUCCUUUGUUGUUAAAUUUUCAAGAAAAAAAAAACACUUGAUUUUUUCUUCAAGAAUGAAAUGAUCUCAUAGAAUUUGAGCACACAGUAUUCUAAUGUGCUUUUUAGAAUGGUGCAAAAUAGCGAAUUCUUGUGCUCUUUCUGUUAGACCACAAUUGGUCUGAUGGUCACAAAGAACACAAACUUUCUCAUUUGGAUUCAUAAGGGGAACAUUAAAUCUCUGUCAAUAGUGAUCUGAAAUAACCACAGACUUCUUGAGCUGCUUUGUUUCACUAGAAAAUAAAGCAAAAAGCAAGAAAACAUAAGAACAGCCCAUCUAGUUAAUUCAAGACAGAAGAAAAGAAUCAUUACUAAUGGUAAUUUCAAGAUUUUCUUGCUGUGUGACAUUCAGUUACUAAGUUUGUCUCAGAUAUACUUAUUUUCUGUUAGAGAAGGAGCUUCUGUUCAUAUUACAAGGGAUUGCAUCUUAAAAUCACGCAUAAAAUUUAGUAGUUAUCCCAUUCUGCUGAGCUCACCUGAUUGUGACAUGUCAGAAUACCAGGCUGAAAUUGUUGUGGUUCAGUAUCAUCUUAUUCUGCCAAGAAAGAAAAUUCAGAGUGAAAGAGAUUUUGCUAUACCUUAAUUGUUUGCAAUCUUAUCAUUUGACAAUCAGGCAGAGAAUUAUUUUAAAAUCCCUUGUACUGACAAUCCAUAUAAAUUAUUCUUGGGAUAUUUUGGCCAGCAGGAGAAGUGAGGGAACGUCCCUCAGAUUAUAUGUUUAGUUUACAACUGCAAUCCUUCAAAACAUUCAGCUGUUUAUCAUGCUGCAAACUCAUUAUAGCUUCAGGAUGUCAUCAUGUAAGUCAGGAAUCAUCUUAGAUACAAUUAUUAAAGGAAAAAACCUGUUCCGUAAGAGUGAAUGGUAAUAUUGGAAUCUAAUAACUCUGAGGAUUUAAACAUCUUGUUUCAUGUAGGGUGCUCGUAAGUAAUCAAAAUGGUGCUUAAAGGCAGGGUUCAUUUAACAAACAAACCAUUUACAGUUGCUUUUCUACUUCUAUCUGCAAUAAGGACGGAAGAUUUUUCUGAGGACUGGAAAUGCUGAGGAUUGGAAAAUGAUGACAUUUCUAUGCUUUCUGUGUGAACCCAAGCCAAAAACAUGUUAAGUAUUUAUACAGUAAAAUGUCCUUUUCUCCCUUGAAUUAUAUAUUGGCAUCAUUUCUUGUUUAGAUUUUUUAAUUAUUAUUAUUGAGUGGAUGGGAUUGCAUCUGGUUUUUCAGAGAAGAAAGCUUGUUUUGUUACACAUCUUACAGUGAACGUAUCAAUAUAAUAUUUUUUCAUACUGUCAUAAGAUGCUAUAUACAUGUUAUAUCUGAGAUAUAAAUUUGUAUCCUUGUUUCAAUUUUUGAUGCUAUGAAACUAUAAAGAAAUGUACAUCAUUUUGUUCUAUUUUGUAACAUCUAUUCAUUUAAAUAAAUAAGUAAAAUGAUCAGUAUUUACACUUAA